UCCCCCGGGCCAGGAGCGCAGCCGCCGCUGCCGCCGCCGCCGCCGCGUCCUCUCAGUCUUGCGCUCCGCCCGCUCCUUCUGCCGCCGCAGCCCGGCCCAGGAGCGCAAAGCCGGGGGCACUGGCCCCGAGCCUACCCACCUUCGGGCCGCGUGCCGGCUGCAGCCAGUAUGGGGGGCCACUAAGAGCGGGCGCUCGUUCGCUCUGGCACCUCCCCCGGCCACUGGCCACUGGACUCCAGCCAGCGAGCCUCAGGCACCUCUGGCCCCCAGUCCAGCGCCUGGGACGGCCCUCCGCUCUGCCCCUCCGGCUCUGAGCAUCGUGUCCCCGCCCCCCCCGCCCGCGCCUGGGACACCUGGGUCCCCCGGCGGCCCCGAGGAGAGGGGCGGGGGGGGGCAUGAAGCCGCUGGAGAAAUUUUUGAAGAAGCAGACGUCGCAGCUGGCGGGGCGAACGGUGGCAGGAGGUCCCGGCGGGGGUCCAGGGAGCUGCAGCGGGCUUGGAGGGGGUGGGGGACCUGGCGGGGGAGGCGGUCCAGCUGGGGGACCGCGGCCGCUGCAGCGGCGUCAGAGCGUGUCUCGCUUGCUGCUCCCAGCUUUCCUCCGGGAGCCCCCCGCCGAACCGGGGCUGGAGCCGCCUCCUGAGGAGGAAGGGGCAGAGCCCGCGGGAGUCGCGGAGGAGCUAGGCAGUGGGGGGCCCUGCUGGCUGCAGCUAGAGGAGGUACCAGGGCCUGGGCCGCUCGGGGGAGGGGGGCCCCUGCGCUCCCCUUCCUCGUACUCCUCAGAUGAGCUGUCCCCGGGCGAGCCCCUGCCUUCCCCUCCCUGGGCCCCCCUGGGCGCCCCCGAGCGGCCGGAGCAUCUUCUGAACCGGGUUCUGGAGAGGCUGGCCGGAGGGGCCACCAGGGACAGCGCCGCCUCAGAUAUCCUGCUGGAUGACAUCGUCCUCACCCAUUCUCUCUUCCUCCCCACGGAGAAAUUUCUGCAGGAGCUACACCAGUACUUUGUUUGGGCAGGAGGCAUGGAGGGCCCCGAGGGGCUGGGCCGGAAGCAGGCCUGCCUAGCCAUGCUUCUUCAUUUCUUGGACACAUACCAGGGGCUGCUGCAGGAGGAAGAGGGGGCCGGCUGCAUCAUCAAGGAUUUGUACCUGCUGAUUAUGAAGGAUGAGUCCCUUUACCAGGACCUCCGAGAGGACACACUGAGGCUGCACCAGCUUGUGGAAACAGUGGAGCUAAAGAUCCCAGAGGAGAGCCAGCCACCCAGCAAGCAGGUGAAGCCACUUUUCCGCCACUUCCGCCGGAUAGACUCCUGUCUGCAGACCCGAGUGGCCUUCCGGGGCUCAGAUGAGAUCUUCUGCCGGGUCUACAUGCCUGACCACUCUUACGUGACCAUACGCAGCCGCCUGUCAGCGUCUGUGCAGGACAUUCUGGGCUCUGUGACGGAGAAAUUGCAGUACUCGGAGGAGCCUGCAGGGCGUGAGGAUUCCCUCAUCCUGGUAGCUGUGGCCUCCUCAGGAGAGAAGGUCCUUCUCCAGCCGCAUGAAGACUGUGUCUUCACCACACUGGGCAUCAACAGCCACCUGUUUGCCUGCACCCGGGACAGCUAUGAGGCCCUGGUGCCCCUCCCUGAGGAGAUCCAGGUCUCCCCUGGAGACACAGAGAUCCACCGGGUGGAGCCUGAGGACGUUGCCAACCACCUUACUGCCUUCCACUGGGAGCUGUUCCGAUGUGUGCACGAGCUGGAGUUCGUGGACUACGUGUUCCACGGGGAGCGCGGCCGCCGCGAGACGGCCAACCUGGAGCUGCUGCUGCAGCGCUGCAGCGAGGUCACACACUGGGUGGCCACGGAGGUGCUGCUCUGCGAGGCCCCGGGCAAGCGCGCGCAGCUGCUCAAGAAGUUCAUCAAGAUCGCGGCCAUCUGCAAGCAGAACCAGGACCUGCUGUCCUUCUACGCUGUGGUCAUGGGGCUGGACAACGCUGCUGUCAGCCGCCUGCGGCUCACCUGGGAGAAGCUGCCAGGGAAAUUCAAGAACUUGUUCCGCAAAUUUGAGAACUUGACAGACCCCUGCAGGAACCACAAAAGCUACCGAGAAGUGAUCUCCAAGAUGAAACCCCCUGUGAUUCCUUUCGUGCCUCUGGUCCUCAAAGACCUGACUUUUCUGCACGAGGGGAGUAAGACCCUUGUGGAUGGCUUGGUGAACAUUGAGAAGCUGCAUUCAGUGGCUGAAAAAGUGAGGACAAUCCGCAGAUACCGGAGCCGGCCCCUUUGCCUGGAUAUGGAGGCAUCUCCCCAUCACCUGCAGACCAAGGCCUACGUGCGCCAGUUUCAGGUCAUCGACAACCAGAACCUCCUCUUCGAGCUCUCCUACAAGCUGGAGGCUAAUAGUCAGUGAGAACAGAGGUUCUGGUCGGCCCCCCACCAGGGUCCUCGGGCACCUGGCACUCAAGCACUUUGUAUGAUGUCCCAACCCACCUCUGACAUCUCUCCCCUGGAGCAGCUUCCCGCCCCAUGGGAAGGAGUUGGCUGGAUUUACCCCUGGACUCAUAAGCCUGUUCAUCCUGCUGAAGUCCUCUCCCCCUGGCUCCUUCAAGCCAAAACCACUCUGCUGGUUCCUGCCCUCGAAGGGAAAGGGGGCAGAGAGCUCCUUCCUCUGUCCCCUCCCAUGGAGGUCUGUUCUGGAGAUGGAGUGUCCGACCUUCUCUUCCCAAGCAGGGAGGAAAGCUGCCCACCCUCCUGUCUCAUCGAACAGAACUGUGGGCGGGAUUGGCAGCCUUCCUCUCUGCCACCUGUCUACCAUCUCCCUGGUCAGGGCUGGGACCCCUGGAUGUACCCCCCUGCAUAUUAUAUUGCCCUUGUGUCUGCGUGUGUAUGUGCGUGUGUCCCCUUUUAAGGAGGAGGAGCGCAUCUGGUAAUUCAGGGAGGGUGUUGUAUGUGCUGCGGGGGAGUCCUUCUGUUUGGUGCUACCCUUGUCCACUCUGCCCCUGGGACAGUGCGGGCUGCUUUCCCCACCCGCACCACUCCCUGCUCAGCUCCUCUGCUGCCCUGCAUGCCCAGGCUUGUGGGCGAAGCUGCUUGUGAGGUCAGGGAGCAGCCGCAGGUAGGAGGGGUUACCCAUCAGCCCUUGUAAGCUCCCCACUCAGGCCUCUUGAAGGUCCCUGGGUGGGCUCCCACGAGAGGGUAAAAGAUGCUCAGGGAAACACGGGCCUAGGCUUCCUACUGGACCCUCCCUCUGCACUGCAGUGAGGUAGGGUGUGGCGGUAUCAGGAGUCAGGGGUGCCUGCACUCCUGCUUUUGGGGUGUCUCACUGCUAAGAAGGGAGCUGUCAUCCCCUUCUGGCUCUUAUAUAUGACACCAACAACAUAGUCUCUAUCCUUCUCCCUCUCUCUCUCUCUUUUUUUUUUGGUGAGGGAGAUUGGCCCUGAGCUAACAUCUGUUGCCAAUCUUCCUCUGUUUUGUAUGUGGGAUGCCACCACACCAUGGCUUGAUGAGCGAUAUGCAGGUCCACGCCCAGGAUCCAAACUGGCAAACCCCAGGCCACUGAAGCAGAGCACAUGAACUUAACUACUACGCCACCAGGCCAGCCCCUCCUUCUCCCUGUCUUGACUCCCCGUUUGUCCUCUUCAUCAGAGCUUGGGUGGAGCGGGCCCUUGUACCUGGACCCCUGUACCUGGGGAGGGCAUCCCCCAAAAGUGGGGGGAGGAAAUGGCGGAGACUGUAAAGGCAAAACUGGACUCUGGCCAUGCCUUUGUUACCUCUCUGUCUCCCUUCCCUCUCCCAUCACGGGCCUCCAGGGCUGAGGGGUGCAGGGGCUCCUGGCAGCUACUAGGUGGGGUUUCCUGGCGCAGCCUCACCCUCUUCUCUGGCACCACCUCUUUCCCUUCUGAAGAGGCAGCAGCAGCAGCAGCAAAAGCAGCUGCCGCUCCUGCUCUGGAGGUGUAUAUAUUUUUUACCAAAAGCUCUGGAAUUGUAAAUUUAUUUUUUAAAACUCAAAGAGAGAAAGAGCCUUGUAUCAUAUGUAAACAAUGUAUCAUAGGUUAUGUUGUACAGUCCCUUUUAUACAGCGGUCUGUCUUGCUCCUGCUGCAGAAAACGUCUAUGGACUCCCCACCCCCACCCACACAUACAUGGGCGCUGUCCUCCCCCCCAACUGUGUCCCCUGUAGACAAUGACCAUGGCCCCCCUCCUGCUCCUGCCUCCUCCCUGCAACUGCUAAUGCUCCCUCCUUUCCCUGCUGCCACCCUUCCUCCUAACCCCCCUCAGCAGCCUUCUCACUCCAGCUCCCACAGCCCUCCUCGAACACUGGGGCCCACUGGUUCAGUCCGGCUGCUGCCCGCCCCUAGCCUUGACGCCUGCCCUGCUGCCUCCAUGGGGCCUCCUGGUCCCCCCUGGACCCCAUUCCUCCCCACCCCGUGCCCCACAGCUUUAACAGAGUGAACCGUGUGUAUUGUACAGGCUUGGUUGUCUUUGCAGAAACCUCUGGGUGGAGUAAAAGCCGAUAAAGUCUAUGAAUCAA